AUGCACAAAUGCAGUGUCGCCCCGGAGUGUAAGGAGCCGCGCAACGUGACAGUCUCCGUGACAGCCACUGAGGAGGUGACGCUGGACUGUGCCGUGGAGUCCAACCCUGAGGAGGUAAGCUUCACGUGGAAGGUGAACAGCAGCCGCGGCGUGAAGGAACUUCCCGCCUCCACCUUCACGUCGCACGGCACUACCAGCAGACUCGUGUACAAGCCGCAGGAGCACGCGCACACACAUGAACAAUAUGGUGUCGUGUUCUGCCUUGGCACCAACAAGAUCGGCAAGCAGAAGGUGCCGUGUAUGUUCAUCAUUACUCCGGCAGAUCUCCUCUCCCUCUCCAAUCUUCCGCUCUCCCUCCACACACUUAUCACCCUCAUUCCCGCCCUCCCUCAAGAACUGCACACUAAGCCGGCCAUUCCUUUCUUACUUCAUCACCACCACCACCACCACCAACACUCAAAACACCAUCACAAUAACCCAACCCUUCCUUCCCCACCCUACAGGACCCCCGAGGAGCCCGUGUCCUGUUCCCUGGUGAACCACAGCGCCACGUCCCUGGCUGUGGCGUGCGUCCCUGGUCAUGACGGGGGCCUGCAGCAGCACUUCCUUACCACGGUGCGGGACGCGGCGACGCAGGAGGUGGUUGCUAACAUUUCCUCGCCCACGCCGUCGUUCAGCGUGGAGGGGUUAGCUCCGGGGCGCGACUACCUGCUGCUGGUGACGGCGGCCAACGAGAAGGGACGCUCCUCGCCCUACAUCAUACAGGGAUUCGCGCUGAAGGUCGCCGAGAACAAGAUCAAUGACUCGAGCACGGCCGAGUCCUCCCCGCUAUUGGCUGUGUUCGUGGGCGUGGUGAGCGGCUUCGUCUUUAUCCUCACCGUGCUGGCCGUGGCGACGCGAUCCCGAUGCCGGCGCCGCAGAGGGAGAGCAAAUGCAGCGCCUGACAGCAACAAACUUACUGGAGGAGGAGGCGUAGAUGAAGUUCCUCCUUCGCCCUCCACCAAAGCUUCCCUAGACGAGGUGGAAGAGGAAGACGAGGACGAGGACGGCAAUACGGUAGAGUCUCCAGGUGGACUUCUCGAGCCACGGGAAGUGGAGUCACAGGAUGCGGGCAGCCCCGGCAGCGGGUACAGGACGUACGUGCCCGCGCAGCAACAGCAGCAGCAGCAGCCGCUCCACCCCCGGGCGCCAGCAACAGCCACAAGUACUACAAGAUCAAGAUCAACUGUACAAGGCUCAACAACGAGAGUUUUGUCUAGCGCGGCCUCGUUGCCUCGCUCGGCCUGGCCUCGUUGUGGAGGCCGAGGUGGAGUUGUUAUGGACUUGUUACAUACCGGCCGUGUUGGCCGCCACCGACGGCUGGGCACACCAGGGGAGGGCCAGGGAGGGACCACGGGAAGGCCGGCCCGCCGCGCUUCUCAGGCCUAAUUGCUGCCGGCAGCUUUGUGGUGCCGCACAUUGAGGGAGAGGCGCCCCCGCCUGUAUCGGAGAACAGUGGAGCUGCUGGGUGACCAGGCAUCAGGCACCGGACACCAGGCGCCCUCCCCGCCCACUCACGGGCUCGCCUCGUCCCAGCCGGCGGAUUCAGCUUCCUGUUUUCUGUGUUUACGUGUGUACAUAGCGGGAGGCCUCGUGACAGGCCCCGUGGAGGUGUGUGCCAGCCCGCGGCGGCACACACACACACAGGCUGCACCACACUGGUGUUUGUGAUGCAUCAUCCACCACAGGUACUCACCUCCACUCACGGUACCUGCCGAUGCGCCCUGUGUAUAUAGAUGCACGUGUACUGUGUAUGUAAACCUGUACCUUCAGGAACUAGGCAUCAAAAUUAUGUAAGGAAUGUGUGUGUGUUUUGUGUCUGUUUGUUUGCGCGAGCGCGCGUGUGUAUCUGUUUGUGUGUUUGUGUAUUUGUGUGUGUGUGUGUGUGUGUGUGUGUGUGUGUGUGUGUGUGUGUGUGUGUGUGUGUGUGUGUGUGUGUGUGUGUGUGUGUGUGUGUGUGUGUGUGUGAGGGGACGAGGGACGUCCUCGUGGCGUGUACGCGAAAAGUUAAGCUCCAGGGAUAAAAUUAUUAACGAGGAAAGACUGACAGACGGACCUGUACUGAGUCACAAACAAACACACACACACACACAAACACACACACACAAACACACACACACACGCACGCACGCACACACAUGCACACACACACAC